GCAUGGUUUCGUUAUGUUUUUUCUUACAGUGCCUACAGUGAGAAGUAUGGCACGGUGUUCACCUCGGUGAUACCGACCAACGUUUUUGGUCCACAUGACAACUUCAACCUGCAGGUUGGUCAUGUGCUGCCAGCCCUCAUACACAAGGCUUAUCUGGCUAAAAAGUCGGAUCAACCACUUGUCGUUCUCGGCUCUGGCACACCACUUCGUCAGUUUAUCUACUCUAUCGACCUGGGACGUCUCUUCGUUUGGGCCCUCAGGCACUACAAUGAUCCAGAUCCCAUUAUUCUUUCGGUUCCAGAGGCCAAUGAAGUUUCAAUUAAGCAUGCAGCUGAGGUUAUUGCAAGCUCAAUGGGAUGCAAGCAACUCACUUUCGAUUCCUCGAAAGCGGAUGGCCAGUUCAAAAAGACUGCAACCCCUGGGAAGCUGAUGGCUCUGAAUCCUGGUUUCCAGUUUACACCAUUUGACAAGGGUACGCUCACCUCAAUCCUCACCGUUUACCUUUGGAUUUACUUUGAUUCCCUUUUUUACAAGUUGUGGGGAUAA